CGCAAAGAGUAGUUAAAAUUUAGUCAGUCGAUCUUCAUUCGGAAUAUUUGGAACCAUUUUUGCCCCAGUCACAUAGUAAGUAUAUUUCAACGUCUCCGAUGGAUCUGCGUUACAGGUAACCGAGCCGCCCUUGCGAUAACCGAGCCAGCCCUGUGUGUUGCAAUUGUCGGACUUGACUCGACAGACAAUUGAAUUGAUUGCAUUCAAUGCCAUUGAUUGUCAUUAAUUAUCAUUGAUUCCAUUGAUUGCCACUGGCUGCUAUUGAUUCCAUCGAGAAGCGCUUUCGUGGCUAUGCUCAACCGAUUGAUUCUUCACCCAGCUACAUACUAACGCACAGACAUGGACUAUACGCGGAAGCUAGACAUUCCUGAAGAUAGCUCCUCGGAGGAGGAACAAUCAGAGAGCGCACGCGCAGCUGCGCAUGCGGACCUCCCUACCAACUAUGCUGCGAACCUCGCCAAGCUCUACGAUAUGAACGACGAGAUUGUGGCCGAGACACACCACACCUGGGAGAUUGCGGAUUGGCGCGGCUUCAAAGAUAACCGCAUCGUCGGGCCAACUUUCCGUUGCGGCGACUUUGACUUCAACUUGUUGAUCUUCCCGUUGGGCAACAACAGCAACAACGUUGCGGUGUAUCUCGAACCACACCCGCCGUGUAUAACCGCUGAAAAGGAGGAUGGUACGGUAGAACGGACGCCGGUGGACCCGAACUGGCACUGCUGCGCGCAGUUUGCAAUCGACAUGUGGAACCCGGACGUACCGGCUGCGCGCAUCUUCAGCCAGAGCCACCACCGGUUCCUGAAGAGUGCCACAGACUGGGGCUUCUCCAGCUUCGUGGGUAUCCAGCAGCUCAACUCGAACUGGAAGGCCACGGGCGCGCCGCUUGUGUCGCGCAGCCGCGUGAACAUCACGACGUACGUGCGGGUCUUGCGGGACACCACGGGGGUGCUCUGGCACGACUUUGUGGACUAUGAUUCCAAAAAGGAGACAGGGUUUGUCGGAAUCCUCAACCAGGGUGCCACGUGCUACCUCAACUCGCUUCUUCAGUCGUACUUCUUUACCAAGGUGUUCCGCCAGAAGGUGUACGCGAUUCCCACCGCUCACGACACACCCAACAGCCACGGCACGUUUCCGCUUGCGGUAUCGCUUCAGCGGGCGUUCUACAAGUUGCAGAAGGCGUGUGAGCCGAUCAGCACCAGCGAGCUCACCUCGGCGUUCGGCUGGACGUCACUCGACGCGUUCACCCAGCACGACGUGCAGGAAUUGAACCGCAUCCUUAUGGACAAGCUCGAGGCGCGGAUGAAGGGGACCCCGAUCGAGGGCUGCUUGACCGAUAUUUUUGUCGGCAAGAUGAAGUCAUACAUCAAAUGCGUGGACGUAGACUACGAGAGCGUGCGUGUGGAGGACUUCUGGGAUAUCCAGUUGAAUGUAAAAAAUACCGCGAGCCUUGCGCGCGCGUUUGAGAACUAUAUCGAGGUGGAAAUGCUCGAGGGCGACAACCAGUACGACGCGUCGGGAAUCGGCUUGCAGGACGCCAAGAAGGGAGUGGUAUUUGAGUCGUUUCCGCCGGUGUUGCACCUCCAGUUGAAGCGCUUUGAGUACGACUUUGUGAACGACCGGCUCGUAAAGAUCAACGACCGCUACGAGUUUCCCGAGUCGAUCGACUUAAAGCCGUACCUCGACGCGGAGUCCGAGGGCUAUGAGGAGGACUGGGACUACCAGCUCCACGGUGUGUUGAUCCAUCUGGGAGACUUCUCGUCCGGUCACUAUUACGCGAUGCUCCGUCCGUCGCUCGCUGAUGAGUGGUACCGCUUUGACGAUGAUCGUGUGUUCCGCGCCACCAAGCGCCAGGUGUUUGAUGAAAAUUUUGGCGUCGACGUGAAACCCAACGCGGAUUUGGCCAAGUUGACCCGUCACGAGUACCAGGAGUACCAGAACCAGCGGUUCACCAACGCGUACAUGUUGGUGUACGUGCGCAAGGCCAAGUUGGCCGAGGUCAUGGUCGAGGUGGAGGACGCUGAUAUUCCUUUGAACGUGUCGCGCACUAUCGAGAGCGAGCUCCGCGAGCAGGAGCGUGUUACCAGAGAGAAGCAGGAACAACACUUGUAUGCACGCUUGAACGUGUUCACUACCGGCAGCUUCCAGCACUACCAGGGCUACGAGAUGGGGCCCACGCUCGUGCACCAGAAGUUGUUCCACGACGAGUUGUACGCGAAAGAGUCGUUUCCGUGGCACGUGCGGGUGUUGAAAACCGAUACGGUGGCGUCCGUGGCCGCUCAGAUCGCUGAGAACUUUGGCUUGGAUCCAACGCAGUUUCGCUUGUGGACAAUGGUCCAUCGCCGCAACGCCACCGUUCGUCCGGACAUUCCUGUGGAUAUGGAGCAGACGAUUGGCGCAUUGCAGGCGUCGAAGCUCGAGCUCAAUCUCUGGGUGGAAGAGAAAAAUAAGGAGCUUCAUGUGGUGAAGGGCCUGGGAAAUCUGGUUGGGGCGUCUCUUACCAAGACAUUUGCUCAGCUUCCACCCACUGACGUUCUGUUCGCGACAGUCUCCGAUGAUUCCGACGACGUUGUGGUGUUGCUCAAAUACUUUGACGUGAAGAACCAGCGGCUCACGGGGUUGACCCAUGCAGUGGUGAACAAGUACAGUGUGAUUGGGUCGCUUAUUCCGUUGGUAAACCGGCUUUUAGGGAACGACCCAUUCACGAAGCUCAGCGUGUACGAAGAGUUGCAGGUGGGAUCUAUUGACGCGCACAAACUGGAGGCUACAUUUUACACGAGUGAGGUGGGUAGUGGGGAUAUUCUUGUACUUCAGCAGGAACUUCCUGGAGAAUCUGAAGAUUCUAGGCAACAUGAAAAGAGCCUUGACGGGCCUGGGUUCUACACCACCGCCAUUGACUUUUACAACUUCUUGCUCUUCCGCACGCAAUUCUCCAUGCGCCCCAAGUCUGCCAGUGACGACGAUGCAAUGGUCAUCAGCGAUGGUGCGCCGGCCAGUGCCACAAAGUUUGACUUCUGGUGCUCCAGCAAGGCGCCAUAUGCGGAGUUUGCCGGCUACGUGGCUCGCAAGAUUGGCGCCGAUCCCGACUACCUCCGGUUCUUCGCAGUGGGCUAUGACGGAUCUAAGGUACCUCUCGGCUCUGGUGCCGCGCUCAGUUCUAUUCUUCUGAAACACGUCCCCGCGUACCAGAGCGUCACAUUUGAAUACGAGACGUUGCCGAUCCCACUCGCGGACUACGAACACAAGCGUGCCGUCACGGUGCACUGGCUCCAGGGCGGCAUCGUUCACGACACUGUAUAUGAGCUUUUAGUGCCGGUUAGCAGCACAGUCACGGACGUGAUUCACGGUGUACAGACGGCCGUCGGUUUCGAGAACGAAGCUGUGGCAGAUGUAUUGGUGUGGGCUGCGUUUGAUCACAAGUUCGUGGAGUUGCUUCCGGGCGAGAGACCGCUUAGCCAGAUCACGGACACGUUGCUGAUCUACUGCGGAAUCUUUCCACAGGAGGCGGAUAUCUUGGGCCGCCAGGCGUCGGAUGACGUGGAGGUGGUUGAGUUGCGCCACCCCCAGGAGCCCGCGUACGAGCGCUUCGAGUUGGCUCAGAUCCGUCUUAUCACUGCGUUUCAGUACAACAAGGAUGCGCGUCGGACCCACGGUGCGCCGUUCAUCUUCAUCUUAGUCAAGGGCGAGCCGUUCAGUAAGACCAAGCAGAGAUUGCAGCAGUUGACCGACAUCCCCGAGGCCGAUUUCCUCAAGAAGGUGAAGGUAACCACGUGCACGAAGCAUGGGUCUGUAAGGCUCAGUGUUGAGACGGCAGAUCUGGCCCGGGAUGCACUUGUGUUAUACGACGAGAUCCACGAGGAUGAAUUCUUGUGUCUUGACCAUCCUGAGAGGGCUCCCCGCCGUGCCUCUGGGUUUGAAAAGCCGAUUGUCGUAUCUUAGAUUUGACCUUUAGUGUUAGGAGCCUCGAAUUCCUCGCAAGUUCUUUGCCGGAGGCCUUUGCUUUUUUUUUUUUGCUUUUCCAAUAGAUUUUCGACAUUUUAGGAACCUUGCAAUAAAGGUGCCAUUUAACUAGAUGGAAGUCGGCGCUCAUUAUCUCGUUACCUCCGAUAGGCGGACACCCUAGCAUCGUAUUCGCCUCAGUAUAUAAGGCCACUAACUACCCUUGGACUGGACAACCUAUCGCAAAAAUCAACGCCUCUUAGAUGAUAUAUCCCAAACUUAUCUCGGACCCAAACUGGGGCUAACUUCACCAAGAGUGUUGAGGUCACCACCCCUAUCUUACACAGUAUACUACAGCUACCCUGCAGCAUGAGCCACACGGUAGUACCUUCCAAAAACUGGAAGGAAAAAGUACGCCCAGACCAGAGUAGUAUGAAUACACAAUAUAGCUCC